AUGGGGCAACGCCUGGCUCCUUGUCUGGCCAUUGCUUUUAUGGCUAAACUAGAAACACCCAUUUUUGAACGUCUGCCCAUGAUGUGCUGCCGAUCCUCGACGACUGCUUCGUGGUCUGCUCGACACGAGAGGAAAUGUCUCAUGUCCGACUUUCGAUUAACCUCGGCAUAUUGA